UGUCAGCCAGAGGUUACACUACUACAGCAGCCGUUCGCAAAAAUGUGAUUUAUCCGCACUUGCAAAUACUAACCAGCUCCUGUAAAUGUUCCCGAUUUCUGCGCGUCUGUCCGCAAACUGUCACCGCCGCUGAACCAGAAGCGUCUAUGCGCCGGAGCAGCUGCUGUGUUCUGAAGGUUUCCUGAGGAGGUUGCUGGACGGGACAGCGGAGCAUCGAUUGAGGUCCACCGCUCACCGCAGAGAUGCUGCCCUGCCUGCGAACGGUCCUGCGGCCUGCCUUCUCCCUCAGAGCCGGGACUGGGAUGGCCACGGCCGGGCUCAGAAACCACCAAGCGUCCCCGGCGCGGUCCGCCUCGGAGCCGCCGCUGCCCGUGCUGGUGCAGCGGUGUCACCUGGGCACGCACCCGCUGAAGGAGCCCGUGGAGCCGCUCAACUCUCCCCGCGGAGCCAAGGAGUUUAUUUAUAGCCUGCAUCCGUCCGAGCGCACCUGUCUGCUGCGGGAGCUGCACAGGUUCGAGUCCAUAGCCAUCGCUCAAGGGCAGCUGGAAAUUGCACCACCUACUGCAGCACAGUUAAGAUACGUUCUGCUGCACAACGCGCUCCCCUUUGUCGGAUUUGGAUUCCUGGACAACUGCAUUAUGAUAGUGGCUGGCACACAGAUUGAGUUAUCCAUCGGCGUCGUCCUCGGCAUUUCAACGAUGGCAGCUGCUGCCCUUGGCAACCUGGUGUCUGAUCUGGCAGGACUCGGGCUGGCAGGUUACGUGGAGGCCCUGGCGUCUCGGUUGGGGAUGCAGAUUCCUGACCUGAGCCCAAAGCAGGCCGACAUGUGGCAGACCAGAGUCAGCUCUCACUCGGGUAAAGCCAUCGGCGUGGGCAUCGGCUGCAUCCUCGGUAUGUUUCCUCUGCUCUUCUUCAAGGACGAUGACGAGAAGAAAGACGGCGAGACGGAGGCGAAGGACAACACGGCGUCACCUCCUUCUCCAACAGAGAGCAGCAAAAACUGAACCCGGCCGGAGACAAAUACUAUUUGGAAUCCGUUCGAAUAUCUGACUUAACGUGAGUCUUGCCGUGUGGACUGGAGGAGUGUGUGGAACCCGCCGCUCAGCAAGGCUCAGUCACGCUGUCAAAGGUAUUCUGAAGAGGAUUUUAGAUAAUAUUUGAUCGCAGACUCUGAACAUAAGCACAGGAAACAGGUCAAGAGACAAGCUUGGACUGCUGCUAACUGUCGCACCGUAACCUCACCUCGUCCUGACUGACGUCCACAGGCCCAAAACUUAUUUAUCCGACACACACUGAAGCGGCCUGUCUGCCUCCUGUGGCAGUUCAGUGGAACAAAUAUUAACCUCUGACUCUAGAAGGUCAACUAGCAAGUGCAGUAACUGGCAGUUGGAGGGCCCCUUUAAAAAUAUCACAAUGAAAUGUUGGAACCAGUGCAAGGAAACCGUUAGAGCUCAUUCUGAAAAAAAAAAAUCUUAUUGAAAGCUUCUUGUUUUCUAGCUAUGACUGAACGAAGAGCCAAGCAAAAGGCUCGAUUCAGUGUUAAAAACAUGCUUUAAAGACCUUUUUUUGUGUUUUCUCAACAGUUUUUGAUGGAUUGAGGAAAGUUUUGUCUGCUUCCAGAUGAGGUUUGAAAAAGUUCUGCGUCGUCCUCAUGUCAAGACAACUAGUCAGCUGCAGGCAGUUCAAUAUCUAACACCUGAUGAUGCUGCUUUAGAUUGAUUUAGUGUCUUUAUUUUGUCAUUCAGGAGCUCCAGCUAUGCUUUCAAGCUCUGCCAAAGCAGUAAGAUUCCCAAAAUAUCUCCCAUGUGUGCUGUAUGUAAACAGGUCGGCGUGGUUUCAAACUGUUUUUAAAGAGCAGUUUGAAGCCGAAAAGAGGAACGAGAGGCAGAGACAGACGAUAUCUGUGGCAGAGAGAUGAAAAACACCGAACCACCUGAGACCUCUGUCCCAUCUGCAGAGAUCCUCCCUGCUCUACUCCUAUAUUAUUUGAUUUAUCGCGUCCGGCUCUGCUUUAGCUCACUGCAGCCCAACCACAACACUUCCUGACCUUUUGUCCAACAACCCACAACUACAGCCUGGUGGGUGGUAAAUAUUUAAUUUUACAUUAUGCGAGAUGCUUGUUACCCUGUUUUCACCCUCGGAAAAAAGGCUGUUACCGCUUGUAUGAGCGCACAACUCCCCAAAUAAUUCAUACUCGAGCCGUAUUUUGAUUUGUAGUGAAUUUUUAUUUGACCAAUGGGUUUCUUCUGGCUGGAAAUGACAUAAACAAGUGACAGAAGAAGGUAAGAUGUUGUGUUAGAUGAUAAAUUGUACCAAAUUCUAUGUUCUUCCACAUGUUUACUAAAACUGUCAAGCCCAAACAUACUUAGAACCUCUGAAAAUAUCUGACAUUUUGGACAAAAUAUAGUUUCUAGACUAUUCCAAAUGAUCUUGCACUUUUGUUCUGUAGUCUAGAGCAUUCUAACACAGAAUACAUCUAUUUAUCAAAUAAAAAAAUCAUUCUAUAUCAACAUUUGGCAUGGAUAUAAAUACAUGUUUGGCUUAUCUGUCCAGUUCUUCCUUGAUUAAACUGUCUGUUCUGCUGCCCUCUGCUGGUGGAAAAGAGGUAGUUUUCUUUCAGUUUGGUCGAAAAGCUUCAAAAGUCCCACAUCUGGUUAGAAGUCACCUGUUCGCUUCUGAGCAUUCAAACUGCCAAAGUUUAGCUGCUAAUGCAUCACUUUAAAAUUGUGCUUUUGUCUGUUUUUGAUAUGCAAACGAGGCGAUAUGCAGGUUUUAAUUUUCUCAGCAUCUGCACCGAAGAUUUCUUUCCAAAUUGAACGGAAGCAGCAGUGUGUCGCCAAAUGGAAUUUACUCUUCUAUCUUUUUUUUUUUCGUUGUUAUAACAUUCAGACUUGUAUUUAUGUAUGUUCUCAAUGUUUAUUUGCUUCAUCUCAGAGGACGAUAUUAAGAGUAGAAAGUAUUUGUCAGCACAAAAUCCAUCCUUGUGAGCAUAUUUUCAUCGGGGAGGGGGGGGACCUUGCAACUGAAAAAAAAAAAAAGUUCCAAAAAACAUUUACAAAGGAGACUUAACCUGUAUAUGAUUGUUAUUUACUAUGUGGGGCAACAGUGAUCCUAAAGAGAGAUUAAAAAUGAAGAAAAAUGUAUAGAGAAAUGAACAUAAAUAUGUAGUUAGGGUUUUUGAUCUGAUUGCUUGAUUUCCACCUUGCAUGCACUACUAAUAAAAAGUACCGAUCAUAAAACGACGUUGUAAGGUCAUGCAUUACAGCAGAAUCACAGGAGGUAAUAAAAAAAUGAACUCAGGCUGGAUUAAUGUGCAAAAGAUCACAUUUGUGACUUUAAAAAUAUAUUUUUAUGAGAGUUAAAAAGCACAAGGAGUCUCUUUUUCUGCUCUGAUGAACAUUUUAAAAACAAGAUUCGCCAAUAAGUAGCGGACCCCCCUGCAGAGAUGUGACCUGUGGAGAUUUGGACACAGUAUGUGGUGGAUAUUGUGUGAAAGGAGAAGAAUGUUAUGAGGAAAUAGCGGCUUGAUGGGCAACAUGUGUUGAUAGUAAUGGUUUCCAAUAAUUGUUCCUCCUUGAAUUGCGUCAUAAAUAGCCUGUCUGGGGCUUUGAGACCAUCUUGGAUGUGUAGUAGAAAUAUAAUCCGUGUCAAAACCCUACAAUAUCGAGGCUGUUCUCCUUUCCUGGAUGCACUAUAUCACUAAACGUAUGAGUGUCUUUGGAAGGAAACAGGAGCUGCAGUUCACAGAAACUCUUCAUCUUGAAUUGUUUGUGUUUGCAAAUCAGCUAAAGACGACGGAAAAAGCACAUGAAAUUAAUCUGUUAAAUACAGCAUGACGCAGACAAAUGCAUGCACACUGAAGAACCUGUUUCACUCGACAUUUUCUAGUGUUUUUUUUUGUGUUGUAAGCUGGCCAGCUAUGUGAAUUUUGUGUAGACAGAAGCAGAUGAUGAGAGAAGAUCGUUAUUAUACCCGUUGGGAGACUGACAGUUCUCUAACUCAUGUUAAAAGACAAAAAAUCUCCCAUUAAAUAGGAGUUUUACUGACAGGCAGACAGAAAACACCUGAUUUCUCCCUGUGCUCCUGUGUGUUAGCAGCAAUGCUACAUGUGUGACAGUAGAGGCGACUAGAUUUUGUGAAAAAUUCAUUCGUUGCUCGGUGAAUGCUCCAAACUUGUUCUGUGUACAUAUGUAAAAAAGAAGAGAGAAAUUAAAACAGUACUCAGAUACUCAUAAUGUAGAAGAGUCGAGCGUA